GGAUGUCUUGGUUUUGAUUGUAUUAAUCGUAUAGAUCCUUAUGUUACGAUUCACUACAAAGGCCAAAUGAGAAAAAGCACUGUGCUUAGAGGUAAGGGUACGUAUCCAGUAUGGAAUGAGAAAUUCAAACUCAAGGCAGAAUUUCCAAGUGAAAACGAUGACUACAAAAUUGUUUUAAAAGUUUACGACGAAGACCGUUUAACUGAAGAUGAUUUUAUAGGAACGACUUCGAUAUAUGUGGAGGAUCUAUUGGCCUUGGGAGUGGAGAAAGGAAGUUAUGAAUUGCACCGUGCCAUAUACAGAGUAGUUCUUGAAGAUGGAACUUACUGUGGUGAGCUUCAAGUUGGUUUAAAAUUUACAAAGGUGGAAGGUGAUAUUAAUGAAGAAGACUUGGGAGGCUGGAAGGAGAGCCAAGAGUAAUUUAUCUCAUUACUAUCACAUUCUCAAAUUUUCAACUCUCUGUAUGUGGGUGUGUGUAUCUAUGCAUCUAUUUAUAUAUUUAUAAACAUUAUAUAAUAUAUUUUUAAGUUGUGUGAAAAAUUAAAUGCUGAAGGGAGCUUCAAAUUGAGUUGGAUGCGUUUCCCUCAAAAGAAUUAUGUACAUGUGAUUCUUCUUCAUGUUCAAUCCAAUUGAUGGUGUGCAAUUUUCA